UUUUCGUGAUUUACAUUAAAGAUUAGAUAUUCAACAAGUAAUUUUUUUUUUUUUGUAAGAAAAAAACCGAAAAAAUACAAUCUCGUUUGACAAUAUGACAGUGUGUGUGGAUUUUUUCUAUUGACCCGGCUUCACUUGAACUUGACUUGUUAAUGUUCUUCUUUUAAACGAAGGCUCUAUUGAGUAACCAACCUAAAUUUUGCGUCGAAUUGUUUUUUUUUGUUUUGUUUUGAUGCAUAGUGAAUGUGCAACCUAUUUAUACGGAAACCUAUUUUUGACAUUUAUAUGCAAGUGAGAAAAAUCAUUUGAAAGAAGAAAAACCGAAACAACAAAGAAAACAGAAACAAUCUCGAACAGAACAAUAAAAAAAAAUAGAGAAGGGCGAUAAACACGUUCACACUAUAAAUUCUUCCGUGGCAUUGUGAUUUAAUAAUAACUAAGCUCGUAAACGAUACAAAAACAACGCACAAAUAUUGAAAUGGCAUUGUCUCAUUAAAAUGCCAUCGCCAAACCAUAUUGCAGCGAACAUACCGUUGCGAAAGAUUCGAAAUUGUAACAAACUGAAUACAAUUCAAUUAAAACAAAUGAUUUUGACGAAAUUAUAGUAGCGAGCGCAAACAAUAAAAUACAUUCAUUCACUUGAUCUCGCAUCGCAACCGAAUCUGAAUGAAGAAUUAGAAUCGGUGAAACGACAUUUGAAAUUUGCAUUUGAAAAAAAAAAAUACGCGAAAUAAUUUUCAUAUUCAAGAGAAUAAUUGAGAGUAACGCAAAACAAUUAUUUCAGUUGCAAUUCAAUCUUUAAACGUUUCAGUGUAGUGAGUGCAGCACACGAAUGGUGGUGCGGUGAAAUGUUGAGCAGCGACAUCAACGAAUAAACCAGAUGACAAAACAGAAAUUAUGGAUCAUUCUUGGACUAUUGGCCGCAUUGAUUUUGAUCGUGUUUUCGCUGAACUUCUAUUUUGUGUCACAUUUGAAUGCCAACCAGAAUGGUGGCGGUGAAGGUCAUGGAAAAAUGGCCUCAACAAAAGCCGGAUAUUUACAUCAAUUGAAAAAACGUGUUCGCUCAUUAAAACCCAUCUAUCUCAAUCGAAAUCCACAAUACUAUCGCAUUCGUAAUAAAGUUUGGCGUAAUUUUGAGACGAAAACAUAUGAAAAUGUCUCCUUGAUUUGGGACAUCUCUUAUUGGUGGCCAAGCGAAAAUGAUCUAUUUCCGGCGCUCGAUACAACAAUGGGUCAAUUGCUCAAUGCACUACGAAAUGAGGAAAUAAUAUCGGCUCGAAAUGCUCCAAAAGGAACACAGUUGAAGCUGUUGCUAACGCUGUCUGGCAAACAAAAAGUGAUUUUCAAACCAAAAUGGUACGAACGUGGCGAAGUGAUCGAUGGACCAGUUUACUCGGGUAAGGAUCGAUUCAAUGCAGAAAUCAUCGCCUUUUAUUUGGCAGCUAUAUUGGAUAUGCGAUGGACUCCAGUGGCCGUCGGUCGAAAAAUCAAUCUCAAGGAAAUCUACGAGCACAAAGCCGAUAAACUUCUUCGAAGCACCAUGACAGAAAACGAGGAUCAAACGAAGUACUGCUUGUACGGAAAAUGUUUCUAUUGUAAAGAAUCGGAAGAUGUAUGCGGCGACGAUGAGCAUUUACUCGAAGGUGUAGUUUUGUAUUUGGUACCGGGAUCGUUUGAAAGGCAUCGGUCACCAUGGCAACGCACCUAUAAGGAAAAUCAAUUGGCACCGUGGGAAGAAAAUAUGGAUUAUUGCAGUUCAUUAAAAGAGAAAUUAUCUUAUACACGUAUUUUGGAUCUAGUCGAUGUGGCCAUAUUUGACUUUUUAAUACAAAACGGUGAUCGACACCAUUAUGAAACACGAGAAGAUCGUAUCGUUCUCAUUGACAAUGGCAAAGGAUUUGGAAAUCCGAAUGUUGAUCAUAUUGACAUUUUGGCACCGGUUUAUCAGUGCUGUGUACUCCGAAAAUCGACUUGGGAUCGCCUGCUAUUCUUUUCAGGCGGAACAAUGAUCGAACUUUUGGAUCAAUUAUCAAAACGAGAUUUGCUUUAUCCACUCUUAACUGGCGAACAUUACAAAGCCAUUGAGCGACGCUUGUUGAUGGUGUACGCAGCAAUUGAGACAUGUUUUGAUCGCUUUGACAAAGAAACCGUUUUGACGUGAUACAAACUCCUUUUUAAUGACAAAAGAAGAAAGAAGAAAAGACUGCCGCUAUAGUAAUACUAUUUAUAUUAACAGUGCCAAUCAAACAGUCUUAAAUGUGUACAAAUAGUAACUAUUAAUAGGCACCGUUAAUAUAGUACUACUAUAGCGACAGUGUUUUCUCCUCUCUGAACAAAAGACAAUAAUGCCUCUAGAAAAACCUGUUACUUUAUUAGUGAAAAUCCAUAUAUGUAUACAUUUUAAGCCAUUUUAGAUUGUUUAAUUAGGAUUUAAAUGCCAAUUCAAAUGAAAUCAAAUAACCAGAAAAAAACGACUUUAUAACAAAAGAUCUUUUUACACGAAAAAUGUAGAAAAUCCUUAGUUAGUACCAAUUCCGUUUUUUUUAAUAAGACAAACUGCUAAUGUAAGUCUCUUUAUUUCUGAUUGCGAUAAUUGGACGGAAAAUUAAAUAAUCUUUCGCCAUAACAAUACAAACUUGAAAAGAAACGAGAGAUAUUUUUUCUGCUAUAAGUUUAUUUUCAAUUAAAUUUUUGUUCACACCUAAGGAAUUCAAUGGUGGUAACCGUUUUGAGAAAUUAGUUCAAUUUUUUUUAGAUUUUUUGGAUUUAAAGGUUUCAACCUUUCUUUUGGAAUGAUAUUUCGGUCCACUAUAUAUGGAAGAUAUUGCCGCACGGCACCGUAUCGCAAGAUCGAAGUGAGUGUAGACGGGAAAAAUCACAAGUUGCCGUGCGGCAAGAAGAAAGAACUGUGUGUAUGUGUCAACAUUUUUGCCGUCCGCACUCACUUCGAUUGUGAGUUACGGUGUCUUGCGGAAAUAUCUUCCAUAUAUAGUGCACCGGUAUAGUAUAGAUAUCGACACUAUUUAAUGCAAUUUCUAUAUGUUAUGGACACAUUGAUUUUGACCGAUGAACAGAAAAAUGUCACACACAUUUUUGAUUCAUUUUUUAUCAAGUGCUAACGAACACGCCGUCCACCGACCAGAAGAAUCGGAACAAAGAAAAACUAUAGAUAAUAUGGAUCUUAACGUCACAUGUUUCGUCGUGCCAAUUAAUCAAUAUAAACAUUGGUAUUUGGCAAUAUGCCAGACUCGUUGAAGCAAAUGCAAAAUCGACAGUCAAACAGGGUAAACGUCGAAUGACGUCCAAUGGUAGCGUUCACGCGUUCUUGAGAGCAAAUGGCCAUGUAUUUUGAUAUUUGACUCAUUAUCGGGUGGACAAUACAAGGAGAUCACAGAACUUCGCGAGUUCCUGAAUUUAGAAUAUAAGAAGAAGGUGAAU